AAAGAUCCGUAUAACAUCAUGCGCCUGAUCCAUAAAGGGUCAGAACCCGGCAUCUCUACUUCUCAGAUCGACACUGUAAAAAACUCUGAUGAGCUUUCAGAAGGAAGGAAGGUGUUUUACUCGGGGGAAGUUGACCUACUUGAAAAGUGGGGCCCGCAUCGUGUUCUGAUAAGGGAACUGGCAGGUACGAAGGUGAUGUUGGAGAAGCAGUGGUGGUUACAAUGCGGUAAAGGAAGGGCACCUCUAGUGGAUUUAGAGUCGCGGGCUUGUGGCAUUGGAAUGGUGGGUAUCAAGGAAAUGAUUAUUAAGUAUAAGUGUAUAACGAUUAACGAACUACUUGAAUCAAACUUAAAUAGUACCAAACAACUGACCCAACGAACUAUCAUGUUGCAUCAAUAAGAGGAGAUGCAGAACGGGAUUAAGAAACGCCCAUGGAUUUUAGACAUUAUGCUCGAUAAUGUACUUGGCACUUUCAUGUGGAAAACAACCUAAUCCAGCAACAAAGAGUCUUAACAUCUUCUGAAGUACUUAAAAUCCUCCAUGGGAUCUUGUAGUACCAGAUAAGUCUGUAUCAUUGUUACGCAGAGGUGAAGAUUAUCAUGGUGUAGUCAUGUAGGCGCAAUUCUGGCACAUUUGAAGGGGCCGGCUUGCACUGUCUGUACAAUAAGGUUUGGUUCACAUCCAUAACUUACCUUUUGCUGAAUAGAUCAAGAAAUAAACAGCUGUACCUUGAAUGAUGGCGAUCACUUAGUAGCAUAACGUUACAUAUGAACACAGAGUGAAACAUUUCAAAAUGAUAUAUAUUCAGGGCAAUACUGCAAUUUUUAUUUUCAGAAUUUCACAGGAAACUACAGGAAGCAUUAUACCCUUGAAGGAGCACCAAUCCAGAAGCAUCUACUUGCUUCUUAUUUGUAAGACAACUUAAGAGAUAUACCUAAAUCUUAAUAGAACAAGAUGUCAAUAUUUCCCAACCCAUUGCUCUUCUGUUGGU